UUUACAGUGGCAUUUGCUAUUUUUGCGGAGAUAAGGUCCGAUGAAUUGACGACACACCACCACCGCUCCUCCCGUUUUCUUCCAUUUUCGUCAAUCAAGCAUCGUAAUCCCAUAAUCUGAUCUCUGUUAACUCCAAUUUUUAGUCGUGAGAUUCUGUUUCCUUUAUUUUUGGGAAUUGAACAUUUUGGGUAGUCAGAUCUGCUGUUUAUAUGGAUUUUACGGGUGAAGCUGGUUUUGCUGGAGGGAAUGUGAUCCCAGAUUCCACAGCCGGGGGUGGUGGUUAUGACAGUUGGGGUCCUAAUUUUUCUGACCAGGCAGUUUGGGCUACUGAGGAUGAUUAUAAAGCCUGGAACACUGGUCCUUUUUGUGAAACCCCUUCCAAUUCCAGUCAGGAUGGUAGGCAUUCACAAAACCGGUCGGGGAGUGAGCCUCCUAACAAGAAGUCAAGGAAUGUGCAGGACUCAGAUGCUCGCAUUAUAGUCACCAGUAGUUCUAAAGCAAUCGGAAAGAUGUUCUUUAAAACUAAAUUGUGUUGUAAGUUCCGUGCUGGUGUCUGCCCCUAUGUUACUAAUUGUAACUUUGCUCAUGGAAUAGAGGAGCUUCGCAAACCACCUCCUAAUUGGCAAGAGAUUGUAGCUGCACAUGAAAAUGAGCGGGGAGUAAUGGUGGAACUGAGAGAAGAACACCAGAUACCAAUAUUGAGCUCUCCUGAUUUACGUGGGGAGCCUCAAAGGUCCGCUAAAGGGAGGCACUGCAAGAAGUUCUACACUGAAGAGGGAUGUCCUUAUGGAGAUAGUUGCACUUUCCUUCACGAUGAACAAUCACGGUCUAGAGAGAGUGUUGCAAUAAGUGUGACUCCUACUGUUGGUGGAUUUGGAAAUAAUGCUACUGGAGCAACCCAAAAGCCUUCAAACUGGAAGACAAGAAUUUGUAAUAAGUGGGAGACUACUGGUUAUUGCCCGUUUGGCAGCAAGUGUCAUUUUGCUCAUGGUGUGGCAGAACUGAACAAGUUUGGUGGAGGACCUGCGGAAACAGAUGGCAAAGAUUAUGUCUCUGUUCCUCCAGAAUUAAAGCAGGGCGGGGUUCCAUCAAGAGCAACAGAAAGUACAUUGCCUUCAACCAUUCCAGCACUCCACACAGAUGUUUAUCAUCUGGGGCAGGGUGUUCAGGUACAAAGGCCAACUGGCAUAGCUGAUAGGCCUGGCCAAAGGUUCUUUAAAAAAUGGAAAGGCCCGGAUAAGAUUAGUAAAAUAUAUGGCGACUGGAUUGAUGACAUCGAAUGAAGGAGUUGUCCUAAUUAACUACUGAUCUGUUUAGCAAGACACUAAAUAGCCAAGGUUUGCUUUCAGCCUUGCAUCCAAAGGAAUUUUACCUAGUGUUUUUUCGCCCCUCUGAACCUUGUUGUAUUAGAGCUACAAACUAGAUAGCUGCUAGGCAGUCAAUGUUUAAUCACUUUUCUGUAUCAUUCACAACUUUUUUGUAAGAAUGAUGAUUGGCUAAAAUCUCUAUACUUGAGCCUUU